AUGGCUGACCCUUCAUGUGAGAUGGUUUUUGUGUCCUUCCCUUAUUGCUUGGAGUUUCUGAUGGGUUUGUAUUACAAACCAUCAACCAAGUGCUGUAACCACAUCAAGAAACUAAAUACAGUUGCAAAACAAAGCGAGGGGAAUGUGAGGCUAUUGUGCAAUUGCAUUGAGAGCAUGGUGAGGGAAAUGCAACCUCCACUGCAAGCCUCUCGUAUUCGGCAGCUUCCAUACCAAUGCAACACACAUCUUAGUUUUCCCAUUUCCGAAAGCAUGGACUGUUCCAAGUAA